ACAGAAAUUCAGUUCAAUGCGAAAUUUUGUUUGAACCAGACGCGAAAUUUCUUAACGCUGCGUGGCCGAAAGCGAUUUUCGUAAAUCGUAAUCGUAAAAAUUGUCAACAACUUUAAGAGCCAAGAGCCCUAAAAACAGUGAAGAAAAAAAGUUAUUGGUAAAAUAAAAAAUAAAUAGAAGAGUGUAAAUUAAGAGUGUAUUACAAAAAGGUGAACAAUUAAUUCGGCAUAUAAAUCAAGUGAUCGCGUGUGCAUCUUUAAGAUACUUGUAAGACAAGAUUGCCUGACUAAACGAAGCUCAUCGAAGUCAAUUGCCUUCAGUGAAAUCGCUGGCCAAUUGGUCGCGUCGCUUGUUUUACACAUUUUUUAACACCGAACUCAAUUUCGAUUUGAAUUCGAAGUGCAAUUUCAAUUUCCAUUUCGAGUGCACAAUAUUCAAUUGGAAUUGCAAUUGCAAUUCCAGCCACGGCAAGUAGUUUGAGAUAAUGGCAGACUGAGGCGCAAUCAUGCUACACUUAAGGCUAUUCGAUAGCUCGCUCUACUACACGCUCGCCUCCGCCUCCUCCGAAUCGUCGGCGGUGGGCGUGGCCACCUCAUCCACGACGGAAAGGACGUUCAAUGGCACCCAGGCGGCGGUGGGCGGUACCUGGCCGCCCAGCUACGUGGCGGCAGUUAAUCUGACAUAUUUCACACCUGCGAUAUCACACGUGAUGCUGGCGCCAACAACGCUGGCAACAACAACAACCGCCUCGGCCACAAUGGUCCAGACGACAGCGGCGCCAAGUCACGACUUAGAGGCGGGCGGCAACUCCACAUCGCCAUCCGGCGACCCCGGCGAGUUUGACAAUUUAAACUCGUUCUACUUUUAUGAGACCGAGCAGUUUGCGGUGCUCUGGAUCCUGUUCACCGUAAUCGUUUUGGGAAACUCGGCGGUUUUAUUCGUGAUGUUUAUCAACAAGAAUCGCAAGUCGCGGAUGAAUUACUUCAUCAAGCAGUUGGCUUUGGCAGAUCUUUGCGUGGGACUGCUCAACGUGCUGACCGACAUCAUUUGGCGCAUCACGAUUUCGUGGCGGGCGGGCAACCUGGCCUGCAAGGUCAUCCGCUUCUCGCAGGUGUGCGUCACAUACUCCUCCACCUACGUGCUGGUGGCCAUGAGCAUCGACAGAUACGACGCCAUCACACACCCGAUGAACUUCUCAAAGUCGUGGAAACGAGCGCGUCAUUUGGUUGCAGGUGCUUGGCUCAUCUCUGCCUUGUUUUCUCUACCAAUCCUGGUGUUGUACGAAGAGAAGCUCAUCCAGGGUCAUCCGCAGUGUUGGAUCGAGUUGGGCUCACCGAUUGCCUGGCAGGUUUACAUGAGCCUGGUUUCAGCCACUCUCUUUGCAUUUCCCGCGCUGAUCAUCUCCGCCUGCUAUGCGAUCAUCGUGAAAACCAUUUGGGCCAAGGGAUCCAUAUUCGUGCCCACUGAACGUGCUGGCUUUGGAGCAGCACCAGCGAGAAGGGCCAGUUCCAGAGGCAUCAUUCCCAGAGCCAAGGUCAAAACGGUCAAGAUGACACUUACCAUAGUGUUUGUCUUUAUCAUCUGCUGGUCGCCCUACAUCAUCUUCGAUCUGCUGCAAGUUUUUGGCCAGAUUCCGCACUCGCAGACGAACAUUGCCAUUGCCACUUUUAUCCAAAGUUUGGCUCCUCUGAAUUCGGCGGCCAAUCCGCUGAUCUACUGUCUCUUCUCGUCGCAGGUUUUUCGCACAUUAAGUCGCUUUCCGCCCUUCAAGUGGUUCACCUGCUGCUGCAAGUCGUACCGCAACAACUCGCAGCAGAACCGCUGCCAUACAGUGGGGCGUCGGCUGCACAACAGUUGCGACUCGAUGAGGACCCUGACCACCUCGUUGACUGUUUCCCGCAGGUCCACCAAUAAGACCAAUGCCCGCGUGGUCAUCUGCGAAAGGCCCACCAAGGUGGUGACCGUUCCUGCCAUGUCGGAGGUAUGAUAGCUGGCCCACACCACCCGCAAGCGGUCCUCGUUCGCGAUCCACGGACCCACGUCCUUCAGCGACGCGGAGUUCCUUUAAGGGCAAUUGGAGGGGGUCAUCCUGUGAAUGCACCAGAGGCUUAGACAAUAAGUUCGAUAGUUGUACCAGGCAUAGAGAAAGCCAAAUGUAAGUCCCUAGUUGUAAGUAUGCCAAGUCUACGCUACGAAUUUCAAACCUAUUUAUAUAUGCUGAGCAGCAAUCUGUAGUUAAGGUAAAGCAUGAUCUAAUUUGGCAUUUGUAUGUCUUUAAAUCAUUACUAAGGAAAGGAUGACCUGGAAUCUCCUUGACUUUAUCUCUAGAAUAGGUGUCACAGAAAUGGAUCCUUUGGUUGAUUUUAGGUACAUUAUUUUUUAUACAAUUUAUGGCAAUUAAUUAUCAUUAGUACAAAGCUUUACAAACAACUUACUUACCUGAAAAUACUUUUACACAAAAAAAUAUUUAACUUUUCUGUACAACUUACAUAACAAUCAACUUUAAAUUUAACUGAGGUUUUUGUGACACCCUUGAGCGCCUAGGUUUCAGUCCAUUUACAAGCUCAUUUUAGAUGCUCUCAUAGUUUUAUUCUAUUUCAUAGACUGAUUUUAUUUAUGCGUGACUCAUGGCCAUUUAGCAGGAAAUCUAAAAUGCAUUUCUUUCCACUCCUAACUAUCUGUUAAGGCCAUUUAAAUUCCCAUUCAUCCGUGUAUAUAGCCACUCGCAAUGGUGUGUAAACAUGCCCGAGCAUCUUAAACCGAAACCCAUUACUUAUAAGUAGAUCAUAAGAGUUAAUAGAGCAUAACAUUUUAGUCAAUUUGGUUUAAGCUAAUAUUUA